AUGUUGAAACACACUGGCGAGAAGCCACACGGAUGCACCCUUUGCCCGAAACGUUUCGAAGAAAAACGAAAUCUCCUUGGUCACAUGAAAGCUCACGUCCAAGAGUUUCUGUUCCAUUGCUUGGGCUGCUUGCAAGGAUUCGAUGGAAAGGAAGAGAAGACGGAACACGAAUCGAACUGCAAAAUUCGUCGCUUCGAAUGUCAUUUGUGCAAGGAAUCAUUUGGAUCGCAGAAAGCACACCUGGUGAUCCACAUGCGUGUACACAGUGGUGACAAACCGUUCGAAUGUGAAGAAUGCUUCAAGCAAUUUACACUCAACAGCUCAUUAAACAAACACAUGAAGCUUCAUGCCGGUCCACGUCCAUUCCGCUGUUCAAAAUGUCACGAAAGAUUCUCAGAUCAAGACGAAAGAGUUUCACAUGAGGAGAAGUGUAAUCGUCGUGUUUACGAAUGUUAUGUUUGUCGCAAAUCAUUUGGUUUGAUGAAAUCCAAUUUGAUUCGUCAUAUGCGCACUCACUCUGGAGAAACUCCGUUUCAGUGCGUAAAAUGCUCAAAAUCAUUUUCUCAAAGAGAUCAUCUCAAGAAGCACAUGUACACCCAUACAAUGAAUCUUCCAUUUGAAUGUUUGAUUUGUCACCGCGGUUUUCUAAAGAACGACAAACGGAAGGCACACCAACGAAACUGCAACAGACGCUACUACGAGUGUUACUCAUGCAAGAAGUUCUACGGUUCAUCCAACUCCAAUUUGAAAGGUCAUAUGUACACACAUUCAGGCGAUAAGACGUUCCAAUGCAAACUGUGUAAGCAAAAUUUGACAUCGAAGUCCAGUCCCACUAGAGACAUAAAUAGUAUCAACAACAAGAAUCGUUGA